CCUGGUUAAGCCUAGUUAGCUAACCAUGUAAGCCGCCGUCAAUCUGUUGUUCAUCCCUAUGUAUAGUACAACAUGUAAAUGUAUGUACAUACUAUAUACCGUUCUUUCAAAGGGAGACGGAGAUUGACACAACGCUGUUCUCUAUCACCUUCACCUUCGCGCCUUUACCUUGUAGCUUUCCAAUGUCGACUUUGAUUGUCCCCGCCCGCCCCUGUGUCUCACGCUCAUCUUGUCCUUCUCCUCCCCCGGAGUAUAUCAAGGCCUCGUCUACCUGGCUGAUAUAUCUCCGCUCCGUCAAAUAUGGUUGACCAAUGCUCUCGCUCCUUAGCAUGUUGUGAACAAUCUCCUGGUGCCUUUAAAUGCAGUUCCUCUCCUAUUGAUGAGCGGGCUUCACCUUUGAACUUCUCAUCAACGCCCUCCGCUGCCAAAAAUCAAGAAAGCCGCGCUGACGACUGGGAAGAUUCUGAUUCCAAUUUCGAUCCCAAGUCUGAUUCUCACUCAGGCUCCCACUUGUUGCCCCCUAGAGAUAUCUCAAUGUACUAUCUCGAUCGUUUCUGUCUUGCCAUUGUCCCCAGCUUUCUGCGCCAUUUGGUAGAGACGCCCUCGAACAAAGAUCAUGCGCCGCUACAGAAGUUACAUACAAUUGCUGCCCUCGACGGCUUGCGAGGAUGGGCCUGUUUGCUGGUCUUCAACUUUCAUUUCCUCUUCACAUAUACGGAUAAAACUGCGGUGGGUUGGGGGUUUGGCGAGGAUAACUGGGGAAUCCAUCAAUUGCCUAUUAUCCACAUGCUGAUAUCGGGCCAUGUUAUGGUGACAAUAUUCUUCGUCAUUUCCGGCUAUGUGCUCUCCUAUAGGCCGCUUAAGUUGCUCCGAAAUCGUUCCUGGGCGCAGGCCUUUCACACGCUCGCUUCCUCGACGUUCAGGCGUGGAUUACGCCUCUAUAUCCCUUCCAUUGUGGGGAUUCUUUGCGUGCUUAUCGCUGUGCGCCUGGGAUUCUAUCAUUAUUCGACCUGGGUUCGUGAUCAAGGCCACACUAUCCUUGGUAUCAACGAACAGCACCCUCCUUAUUUCGUAUCUUUUAUCGACCAGGUUGCGGACUGUUACCUCACAGUAGUCCAUCUGAUAGAUCCCUGGAACUGGGGGCUUUAUUAUAAUUUCUACAAUCCCCAUCUGUGGACCAUCCCGGUCGAAUUCCGUUGCUCAAUGGUCCUUUUCCUGACCAUUAUCUGCGUUUCCCGAUUUAGAACUUGGAUUCGUCUAACUCUUGUUUCUGGCCUUCUCUAUUACUGUAUUCGAUGGGGCCGAUGGGACCUCGUGCUAUUCCUGUCUGGCAUGCUUAUGGCGGAGGUGGACAUCAUCCACGGCUUAUGGGAAGACCGUCUUCCAAUCCUUCUUACUUCCACUCCCAUCCCCCUCGAAAACCAGCAUGAACGUGAACCGUCGCACGAUGGCACCAACAACUCCAACAACAUUGAAUCUGCCCAAUAUACCACUCCUACAUCAGAUAGCUGCUUCACCCGCCACCGAUCCCCCCACCGCCUCCUCUGGGUCACCCUCUUCAUCAUAGGCCUCUUCAUCGGCUCAUCCCCCAAUAGCGCCCCGCAACAUACCCCUUUCUACCGCACCCUCGCCUCAACCCUAACCCCAAGCACAUACCCGGAACCACACCGCUUCCUCCAAUCCCUCGGCGCCAUCAUGAUCGUCUGGAGCAUAAACCGCUCCGCGGACUUGCAAAAGCUCUUCACGAACGCGCUGGCGCAGUACCUCGGACGCGUCUCUUAUGCAUUCUAUAUCGUGCAUGGCCCAAUCUUGCACUCGCUGGGCUACGCGCUUAUGCCGAAUAUAUGGGCGCUCACUGGCAAGGACACGGAUGCGCAGUAUUGUUUUGGAAUUACGAUUGGAUGGUUGAUUUGUUUGCCUGUGUCCAUUUGGGCGGCGGAUAUGUUCUGGCGGGGCGUGGAUGUGCCCACUGUUCGGUUUGCAAGGUGGGUGGAGAGGCGGCUCUUGGUAACUGGUUUAUAGCCUUUUUUGUGCGUGUUUGUAUUUUAAUUAAUAUUCAUUUUUCCUCUUCCGAUUAUCGGACAUAUAAAUGGCAUUGCGGAAUGUGUGUACAUAUUUGGCCCUUUUACUGCUUCCAUUUUUAUUUUCACGGUGUUCCUAGCAUGGUUUUUCUGUAUUUGCCUUUAUACGAUGACCUGGAAUUCUAUCUCUGUCCAUCCCCGCCUCAUCUCGUGGAUUUCUUCCCCAACUACCCGCUUCUUAUUUGUCGGCGCUCUUCUUUUAACCGUCAUUUCUGUUCAACAUCAUUCAAGGCGCCUCUUCUUUCUGACUUGGAUCUAUUAUUCCCAAUUCCUAAAGAAUUGGAAUAGAAAAGCCACUUCCAAACUGGAAAGCCCGGGGGUUGAAUGCGAGAAGGAAAAAGCCGCAAAUUGCUUGUAUCUAUUUAUUAGAGGGCGGGAAUAUAAAGCUCGGUAAUACAAAAGGAGCAACAACUAAAAAAUAAAAUAAAAAUAAAAUAAAAAUAAAAUGGGAAACCAGAAAUCUUGUAUGGUGAAAUCCAAGAAUAAAAGCUAAAUAUGGGAGCCAAACAAACACAGAAGAAAGAAAG